AUGGUGACCUCGUUCUCGCAGUUUCGCCCGCCCGUGGACUGUCCCACCAUCGAGCUCCCAGCUGGCCUAGUGGACGAGGGCGAGACAGUCGAGGAGGCAGCCCUGCGAGAGCUCAAAGAGGAAACUGGCUACAUCGGUACGGUCGCCGAAUGCUCGGGGGUUCUGACAAUGUCCCCAGGGCUUUGUGAUGAGAUGAUACGGCUCGUGGUCGUCGAGGUAGACCUAGAUCGACCGGAAAAUCAAUCGCCAGAGCAGCAGUUGGAGGAAACAGAGCGGAUAGCGGUGCGGCGCGUACCCCUAGAUCAACUUCUGCAAGAGCUCGAGGCAUUAACCCGAGAAGGAUGCAUGCCGAUCGCAGGCUUACACUUCUUGGCCGUGGGCUUGCGCCUUGGCCUUCUGCAACGCUUCUUCUCCGAGCCGCUGCCUCCCGGUCCUGGUGCUGGCGGUGGACAUAUGUCAUCCGGACCAUGA